AGCAGGCAAGCCUGCUAAACCUUGGACGGCCGUAUUUUCUCUACGACGGUCGUCAAAUAUCCACUUCGUUAGAAUUGUCCUGUCUGCGCCCUCCCUUUUCUGGCUUCAGGGUUGAAAUAUGUCGCUUCUGGCCACGACCCUACGCAAAGUCCCCCGCGCGGCGCCUGCUGGCCCUAGCGCCAUUUGCUCCCAGAAACGCUACGCCUCGAAUGACCCAAAUGCUCCCAGAGUAGCGACCACGGCUUCAUGGCAGAAAAAGAAGGAGAGGAAGCGUGUCAAGCACUUACCCACAGGACGAGUCGACAAGAAAUGGCCUGGGGUGUUCCGCCCCAUGAACGCUGGCCAACUCACGCACCCAUUGUUCCACCCCGAGUCGAGGAAUCCGCUAUCCUUGUCUGCCUUCCAACCUGACAAGCUCCGUGUGGCCAAAGCUAUGAGGUUUCCGAUGAAGGAGAACAGCCCUGUACGGAUUUUCGGUUUACCGAAGGACAUCCUCCUGGAGUUUCGAAUGAUCUCUGCACCCUUUUCGGUCGUGCGAGACGUGACGAAGACGGUAGUAGAGAGGUUGUCGGCGGCCAACAAGCAAUCAAGUUUACACACGCGAGUUGUCUUGACCGGGGAGCCGGGAUGUGGAAAGAGUUACACACUCCUUCAAGCUCUGGAACACUGCUUCGCGAAUGGUUGGAUAGUAUUGUACUUCCCGCGUGCGAUCAAUAUGGUCAACUCAACGUCGCCCUACGUCUACGACCUACGCACACAAACCUAUGUGCAACCUGCUUUCGCCUUUCAAACAUUACAACGAUUCCUCACCGUCAACUCCGCGGCGUUGGAGGAGCUGAAGACCCAAUUGGAAGUGACGCUGGACAGGCGACCGGCACCCGUACCGGCCGGUACUAGCCUGGCAUCUCUCAUCAGCAUAGGCACGAAGGAUCCUAGCAUGGCACCUUCUGUGCUGACUGCAGUUCUCGAUGAACUGGGGAAGCAGAAAGACUAUCCGGUUCUGCUUGCCGUCGAUGACUUCCAGGCACUGUACUGCAAAACCCUGUACCGCGACGCGAACUUCGGCACGAUCAAGCCAUAUCACCUCUCCAUGCCAAGGCUUAUAUUGGAAUAUGCGAGUGGCCGCAGGUCCUUCGCACGCGGCGCAGUGAUGGGCGCCAUUUCCACGGAGCACACCCUCUUCCAGCUCCCCGUCGAAUUGAGGGAAGCCCUGGGACUGCCGCACGACAAGCCGACCGGGCCAUACGUGAAGCGCUCCCCUGAAAUCGUCGAGUACACGCGCGGGCUGAAGGCUCUUCCUGUACCAGACAGGCUCAGCGUGGAGGAGGCGGCCUCCAUCUUCGAGGUCUGGAAAGACGAUGCUUGGGUGAACGCGGCUGCCAGGGACGAGUACUUCAUGGCAAAAUACAGCGAGGCAUCAGGCAACGCGAGGGAUUUGGUGCGUGUUGGUCUGCGUACUUCAAUAGAGACAUAGAAGCUUAGCCUACGCCAUGUCACUAAUACCAACAUAAUCGUGCUGGUG